AUGAGCGCCAGCGAAAUGACCGACCUAGCUGACCAGCUCAACGACAUCGAGGUCCCGCUAACCGCUCAAAGCAAGGCACAGCGCAAACGAGACGACGAAGUCAACAGCCUCCACGGUACUGACUUGGCAGGGCUAGCGGAGGAGGUCAUGAAUUUCGACCUCGCUACUGAUCACGUGCGCUUGCCAAGAACACUUGCAAUGAAGCUACUCGACCGAAACCCACCUUCUUCUGAGCAUGUAGAGCUUCUUCAAUUCAUGUGUCUCGAAGAUGUCCGAGCAUCAUUGCGGGCUAAGGAAGCGAAGAAGCGUAACUGUGGUCGAGUUGGUGGCAACGGUGGAAUUAUGAAGAGAGACAUGGUAAUUCGUGGUGGGCGACCUGGGAAGGUGCGGAGUGAAACUAAGGAUGAUCCUAGCGGUGGAAAUACAGAAACAAAGUUGGUAAUUCGGGGUGGGCCCCCAAGUAAAGUGGGGGGUGACAGUAAAGUGCACGCGGAUAGGCGGGCAAGUGAAGCAUCAAAGGAAGCUUACCGCAAGCGACCGGCGCCUGUAGAGUCAUCUAACAAUUACAAGUUCGACUCAGAGAGGUUGGAACAUGAAGCGUGGCUGCAACGAGGCGGCAGGAGCUGGUCCACAGAGGCAGUCGCAGGUAACGCCAACGGAGACGCGAACGAUAAGUACGCGUGCUUUAGUUAG